CACCACCUCUUCUUACUUUUCUCUGUUCUCAGUUCUCCAUUACCCUGCACUCGCCUUACUCAUGUUGCAGUCUGAGGAACGCAGUUCCAGUUUGUUUUUUACCAUAUCUGAUUUUGGAUACAUUUGAUUGCUUUUUUCCCACCUGUUUGUGUCAUAUCUCCCUCACCAGUCUUUUCCUGGAUUACUUUCAACAACAGAUGUUGCAGUAAAGAGCCCAAAGAUCUGGUGCUGUCUCCUGCUUCUUAUUCACACGCCAUUGCACGUGUCGACAGUUUCAUUUCUUGGUCAUGGAUGAUUUUGUAAGAAACAAACUGAUUGAAUGGCAGCUAAAUGAGUUGGAGGAACGAUUUGAAGCUAACAAAAUUACAGAGGAAAGCCUUUUCUGUCUUACUGAAAAUGACAUCACUGAGCUAAUCCGUUUAGUUGGUCCAAGGGCAAGAUUCAGAUGCAGACUUGAGCAGUUAAAGAAUGAACAAAACAAAAGACAAGAAACACCUGAACUUUCUGCUCAGGCUUCACUACCUAGGAGUUCAAAAGGAAAAAGACAAUCAGAUCUUCACGGGGAGUCCAGCGAAAGGCAACCACCAACUAAAAGACAGCGUGACUCAGCGAAAGAAACAAGAAUAUUAUCUGAAGUGAAAGACAUAAUGAAAGAAGUCAAGGACCAUAUAAAUGACAAAGAACAGCUUGGUGCUUUUAUAAAGAAUAAAAUCAGUGAUUUGGAAACUGACAAAAGAGAGCUGGUUGGUGUUUUUGGACGAACUGGGGCUGGAAAGAGCUCAUUAAUCAAUGCCAUCAUUAAUGAGAUGAAUCUUUUGCCUACUGGAACUAUCAGUGCAUGCACCACAGUCAUGAUAAAGGUGGAGGCUAACACUUCCAGCUCAAAGUAUGAGGCACAAAUUGAGUUCAUUAAAAAAGAGGAGUGGGAGGAUGAAUUAUGGUCACUGAAAACUCUAAAGGAAGCUGAUGAUGACUAUUGGGACCUGGAUGAAAAGCUGUCAGCCCUGUAUGGAGAAGAAAGGAAAGACAAAUCCCCUGAAACCCUCAUGGAACCAAAGUAUUUCAAAAAUAUUCCAGAAUUUUUGGAGUCCACGAAGAAAUCUUUGGAAUGUGAAACAGCUCAAGAGCUAUUUCAAAGACUUCGUAUGUACACAAAGCAGGAAGAUGGAAAAAGCGCACAGCAGUGGUUUUGGCCACUAGUGAAAUGUGUGACUGUCAGGGUGCCAAACAAUGACCUCCUCCAGCAUGUUACACUUGUGGACCUUCCUGGAAAUGGUGAUCGUAACAAGAGCAGGAACGAAAUGUGGAAACAGAUUGUUGGAGAUUGCUCCACUGUGUGGAUUGUGGCUGAAAUUACUCGAGCAGCAUCAGAAACUGAAGCCUGGGAGAUCCUGAAAAGUGGCCUGAUUGGAAAUGGUGGUCAGUGUCAGCAAAUCCACUUUAUCUGCACCAAGUCUGAUCCUGCAGAUGAUCGAGUUACAAAAAACAAGAAAGCCAAGGAAAAAGUGAUGAAGGAAUUCCACACACUGAACAAGACUCUGAGUGAGCAGUUCAGCGGUAAAGAUUUCGAAGUGUUCACAGUGAGUGCUCAAGAGGUCCUAAAAAGAAAACGUGUAAAAGAAGACGACAAUGAAAUACCCAAACUUCAAGACAUCUUGCAAAAUCUCAACGAGUGCCACUCUGAGACAGAUAUCUAUGUGAAUGGAGCUUAUGGGAUUCUGUCUUUGAUUGAAGGUGCCAGGGGCAGAAAUGAGGGUGUUGGAAAAGCAGAUGGUGUAUGUAAAGUCCUUGAGAAAAACAUGACAGAACAACUGGAUCAAGUGAAAAAAGCAGUUGAAAAAGCGAUCAAGGAUUUUGAACAAUGUCUUACAGAAGGGGUUAAAAAUUCCCAAACCUCUGAAGAAAAGCUGAAAACCUUUUUGGACUGUGAUGAAAACACUAUUGUUUUCAAACAAUUACAGGCUGUGGUUAGGAAAAACGGCAUCCACAAACCAAAAUACGGGGAAGAAAUAAAUCUCAACACAAUGUUGGCUUCCUGCUUGACUGACAGCAUUGAUAAAAAUUUCAGAAAGACCUUCCCAAAUGAUGUUAAAGGCAGAUAUUUCGAUGGAGUCAUCAGCAGAUUUUCACUUGACACAAAACCGUUGAUUCCAGAGAACCUAGAUGUCAAACUGCAGCUGAUAUUUCUCCAGACAGAGGAGGAAAGAAUUAAGGCAAAACUCAACAAAAUAAUCCUAAAGAAGAAGAAAAUAAUCUACAACAGUCUAACAGAGACAAUUGUGAAAAGCAUGCAAAAGGGCUAUGAUGAUGCAAAGAAAAUUUCAGGAAAAGAUGCACUGGAAAACAUGAGGAACACUCUUGAGACACAUGUAUCCUCAAAUAGGAACAUGUAUGAGGACGCAAAAAAGACCAUGUUGGAGAAGAUGGAUAAACUGAAGACGACCAUCUGCAAAGAACUGAAGGAAACCAUGGAACACUCCAUUAAACUCUCAUUCAAGGCUGAUGUUUGCCCUCUCCCAGAUGUUUCAAAGCAUCUUAAAACUGUGCAGCGAUAUCAUGAUGAAGUUUAAAAGAGAGAGAGAGAAAUGCCAGCACAGUAAACGGGUAAAUAUUUAAAUGUUAUUGCAUGUCACGGGAUUAUUAUUGUUAACCAUUUUGUGCUAAAUUACUUUAACAGUUCUAGAUUCCUGAGAAAUCUUAAAGGGA